UUAUUCGCUGGCAAUAACAUUCAUCAUGCAUCUCCUUCAAAGUGAUACCCUGCUGAGCGCUGAGGCCUUGUACAACUUUACAUAAAUCCGGUUUCCUUGGCUCUGUUGUUUUCAUGCUUCUCAUCGUGACCUCGUCAAGACGUUCUCAACACGGAACAAGCACCUCAUAGUAUUUUAUAUACGCGAUGUCCACUGGCAGCCGGUUUCACUCACAGCACCAUGGGUAACCGUCCCUCUAUAUUCGUGCGCACGCCUCAAGAGCAUCUAGAGCACAUGUGGAAAAAUCCUAGUCCACUCGCAUAUUCCUGUCCACCUAGACACGUCCGCGUUUACCUCCUUCCAGAAUGGACUCAAGGUAAAAAUCCGAUGAAGGAGCCAUGGGCUGCGCUAAAAAACGACUUUGCGCUCGAACCUACGGGCGAGUUGAGUUUGAAGAAAGUGAAGGGUAAGUGGGCCCUGGAGCGGUGUUCGGCGAUCGAUCUGGAGAGAAUGCAGCCGUUUGAGGAGAAGUGUAAGGGGAGAUUGUCCCCACUUGCCUUAAAAGUGUUGGCUGAUUCGAAGGGUGUUGUUUGGAUGUACGAACCAACGCCCUCUGAAGACACCGUAUCCAUACGCGCAGACCGCCUACGGAUUGUGCGGCAGUACGAUGCUGCGGUCGAACGCGUUAUGGAAGCGACGUUAGGUCGCAUAUCAAAACUUCUCGAUAAUGGGGUAGUGGGAGAAAGCGUAUCUCAUCACUACCCCGAAUACUCUGGUGCUGACCCAGGCAUUCCCGACGUGCCGCAGGAAGCACACAGCAAAGAAGCAUCGAUCAAGGGGAACGUUGGGGAGGCCGAAGGUAGCAAAACAAGCGCAACUCUAUAUCAACAGCAACGACAACUUAUAUUCUUUGCGGCGCUUUUGUUCUUAUUUUAUUCUGGCGCGCUGGGUCGAUAUGCUCAAUUCGGGAGGGAUCUUGCGUUUGGGUGGUGAGCAUUUGAUUGACAGUUUUUUUACUGAUAACCAUGCCUGUAUGUCCUUCCUCGUAUUCACUAUGCAUUCUUUUCAUGCCUCAUGAUUUACUACUACCGCAUAUUUAAUUGGUCCACUUGUAAUUUUGAAAUGUUGUUCUAUGCGCAAUUUUUUCUUGACACCA